AUGCAGUUGCAAUGGUCGAUACCCUUUGUGUGUCUGAUGCUCAUACGCUUGGGACUUAGCUCUGCCCAGCAGCCAGACUAUGCAUACCACUCCUGUUUGGGAGGUAUCUACACUAGUAAUAGCACGUAUCAAGCCAACCUCAAUCUUCUCCUCUCCUCCCUGUCCUCUAAUGCUGCACUGCAAAAUGGAUUUUACAAUACGACCGCCGGCCUGAAUCCCAAUACAGCCUAUGGCCUCUUCCUCUGUCGAGGCGAUGUUACUUCAGAAGUCUGUCAGAAUUGUGUAGAAGCCGCAAGCAAAGAGAUCCUGCAACGCUGUCCCAAUAAGAAAGAGGCAAUUAUAUGGUAUGAUCUGUGCUUGUUACGGUAUUCAAACCAAUCAAUCUUCUCCACUAUGCAGCAAAGUCCAGGCGUUUCCCUACUGAAUAUAAAUAAUAUUACAAACCCAGAUAGGUUUAAUCAGAUAUUGGGAGAUUUAAUGAACAGCCUUGUGAGACGAGCUGCCCUUGACCCUUCUACGGGAAUGUUUGCUACUGGAGAAGCAAACUUCACGAGUUUUCAGCAGGUAUACGGGUUAGUGCAGUGCACUCCUGAUAUAUCUCAAAGUGACUGUAAUAUAUGCCUAGCAGAGGCUGUUGGUCAAAUUCCAAUAUGUUGCAAUGGUAAGCGAGGUGGGAGAGUUCUCAGACCAAGUUGUUAUAUUCGGUAUGAGAUCGAUCUUUUCUAUCAGUUAAAGCCUAAUGCACCGGAUUCAUCACCACCAUCUGUGGGAAAAGGGGGGGAUUCUUCUAAAUUGAUCAUUGUCAUCAUCAUUCCAACAGCUAUAGCAGUUAUAAUUCUGUCAAUAGUAUGGUUCUGUUUACGACGGAAGAGACCCAAGGACAGAUCAUUUCUAUCAGCUACUUUUGAAGAUUUGGACGAGAUAACAAGUGAGGAAUCCUUGCAAUUCAACUUUGAUACAAUAAGAAUUGCUACAGAUAACUUCUCUGAAGCGAAUAAGCUCGGACAGGGUGGAUUCGGUCCUGUUUACAGGGGUAAGCUAUUUGGUGGACGAGAAAUUGCUGUGAAGAGACUCUCAAGAAAUUCAGGACAGGGAGAGAAAGAAUUCAAGAAUGAGGUUGUAUUAGUAGCCAAGCUUCAACACAGAAAUCUCGUUAGGCUCUUGGGAUUCUGCUUGGAAAGAGAAGAAAAGCUACUCAUAUAUGAAUUUGUCCCCAACACAAGCCUUGACAAUUUUAUAUUUGAUCCAGCCAGGUGCACAUUACUGGAUUGGGAAAAGCGUUACAAAAUCAUAAGAGGAAUUGCCAGAGGGCUUCUUUAUCUUCACGAAGAUUCUCCUCUGCGGAUUAUUCACCGGGAUCUCAAACCGAGCAAUAUUUUAUUAGAUGCAGAGAUGAACCCAAAAAUUUCUGAUUUUGGCACGGCAAGGCUGUUCAGAGUGGACCAAACCCAAACUAAUACCAGUAGGAUAGUUGGGACAUAUGGAUAUAUGGCUCCAGAGUACGCAAUGCACGGGCAAAUCUCAGUGAAGUCCGACGUCUUCAGUUUUGGUGUCUUACUUCUGGAAAUCGUGAGAGGCCAGAAGAACAACUCUUUCUAUCAAUCACAGCGCACAGAGGACCUCCUUAGCUAUGCAUGGAGACUCUGGAAUGAAGGGACAGCUCUAGAGUUGAUGGACUCAACUCUGAGAGAAUGCUUUUCAGCAAGUGAAGCCAUGAGAUGCAUCCACAUUGGAUUAUUAUGCGUUCAAGAAGAUGUAGCUGACAGACCCACCAUGGAUUCAGUUGUUCUCAUGCUCAGUAGCUAUUCCGCCACUCUUCCAUUACCUUCAGCACCUGCGUAUUUUUUGCAGAGUAAAAUGGAACCAGAAAAGCCAUUGCUGGAUAAGUCAACAAGCAGGUCAACAGAGUUUUCUGCAAAUGCUGAUUUAUAUCUUCGUUUGCAAUGUUUGAUACCCCUCGUGUCUCUGAUUCUCAUACGCUUGGGGCUUAGCUCUGCCCAGCAGCCAAACUAUACAUACCACUUCUGUUUUGGAGGGAACUACACUAGUAAUAGCACAUAUCAAACCAACCUCAACCUUCUCCUCUCCUCCCUGUCCUCUAAUGCCGCACUGCAAAAUGGAUUUUACAAUACCACCGCCGGCCUUAACCCCGAUAUAGCCUAUGGCCUCUUUCUUUGCGAAGGCGAUGUUACUUCAGAAGUCUGUCAGAAUUGUGUAAUCACUGCAAGCAAAGAGAUCAUGCAACGCUGUCCCAACAAGAAAGAGGCAAUUAUAUGGUAUGAUCUGUGUUUGUUACGGUAUUCAAACCAAUCAAUCUUCUCCACUAUGCAGCAAAUUCCAGGCGUUUCCCUACUGAAUAUAAAUAACAUUACAAACCCAGAUAGGUUUAAUCAGAUAUUGGGAGAUUUAAUGAACAGCCUUGUGAGACGAGCUGCCCUCGACCCUUCUACGGGAAUGUUUGCUACUGGAGAAGCAAACUUCACGAGUUUUCUCAAGAUAUAUGGGCUAGUGCAGUGCACUCCUGAUAUAUCUGACACUGACUGUAACAUAUGCCUAACAGGGGCUGUUAGUGACAUUCCAAGAUGUUGCAAUGGUAAACAAGGUGGGAGAGUUCUUAGACCAAGUUGUUAUAUUCGGUAUGAGAUCUACCCUUUCUAUCAGUUAAAGCCUAAUGCACCAGCUUCACCACCAUCUGUGGCUUCACCACUUCCACCAAUAACCACAAUAACGACUACAGGAGGGCAAGGGGGGAAUUCUUCUCAACUUAUCAUUACCAUCAUCAUUCCAAUAGUUGCAGCUGUUAUGAUUUUGUCCAUAGUAUGGUUCUAUUUACGAAGGAGGAGACGUCGAUCCAAGGAUAGAGUUAAAGAUUUGGACGAGAUAAGAAAUGUGGAAUCCUUGCAAUUCAACUUUGAUACAAUAAGAACUGCUACAGACAACUUUUCUGAUGAUAGAAAGGUUAAUAAGCUUGGACAGGGUGGAUUUGGUCCUGUUUACAAGGGCAAGCUACCUGAUGGACAAGAAAUUGCCGUGAAGAGACUCUCAAGAAAUUCAGGACAGGGAGAAAUAGAAUUCAAGAAUGAGGUUUCAUUGGUAGCCAAGCUUCAACACAGGAAUCUCGUUAGGCUCUUGGGGUUCUGCUUGGAAAGAGAAGAAAAGCUGCUCAUAUAUGAACUUGUGCCAAACACAAGCCUUGAUAAUUUUAUAUUUGAUCCAGAGAGACGUGCAUUAUUGGAUUGGGAAAAGCGUUACAAAAUUAUAGGAGGAAUUGCUCGAGGACUUCUUUAUCUUCAUGAAGAUUCUCGUCUGCGGAUUAUUCACCGGGAUCUCAAGGCUAGCAAUAUUUUAUUAGAUGCAGAGAUGAACCCAAAAAUUUCUGAUUUUGGCAUGGCAAGGCUGUUCCUAGUGGAGGACCAAACCCAAACUAAUACCAGUACGAUAGUCGGUACAUAUGGAUACAUGGCUCCAGAGUACGCAAUUCACGGGCAGAUCUCAGUGAGGUCAGAUGUCUUCAGUUUUGGUGUCUUACUUCUGGAAAUAGUGAGCGGCCAGAGGAACAACUAUUUCCGUCAAUCACAGCGCACAGAGGACCUCCUUAGCUAUGCAUGGAGACUGUGGAAUGAAGGGACAGCUCUACAGUUGAUGGACUCAACUCUGAGAGAAAGCUUUUCAACAAGUGAAGUCAUGAGAAGCAUCCACAUUGGAUUAUUAUGCGUUCAAGAAGAUGUAGUUGACAGACCCACCAUGGCUUCAGUUGUUCUCAUGUUCAAUAGCUACUCCGUCACACUUCCAUCACCUUCAGCACCUGCGUACUUUAUGCAGAGUAAAAUGGAGCCAGAAAAGCCAUUGCUGGAUAACUCAACAAGCAGGUCAACAGAGUUUUCUGCAAAUGAUGCAUAAAAUGCUGAUUUAUAUCCUCGUCCAUGUCUAUUUUUUGGAUAA